AUGGCCACACCCCAGCAGGACCAGGCGACCGCGACCGUCCUUCAAGCGCUCCAGGCGCUGUACCACGACCCAGACUCGAACGCGAAGAAGAGGGCGAACGAAUGGCUCGAAGAGUUUCAGCACAGCGUGAGUGCACCAAUCACCAGUGACGUCUUCGGUAGCCAAACAAUCGAGAUCGGGCGUCACCAUGCCGACCCAUCUCGCGACCCGAGGCUGAGCUACCUGAUCUACCCCUCAGCAAACUCUUACGACGUGGAGGGAAGGUGCUAA